AUGUUGAAUAUAGCAUCUAGUAUAACAAUAAAUAGUACAUCUUGGGGGAGAGCUAGCGACAUAUCUUCGAGAGAAAGUUCAGAGGGCAUCGAUGAUAUGAAGGAAGUGUAUUAUGACAAGUUCAGCCUACCAUACUUCAAGGCAUCGCUCUUUGCCACGGCUUUAGAAGACUGUAUUACACAAAUCCGCAUACUGGAGCAAUGUAACACAGAAAUACGUUUAACAAAAACAAUGGUUGAAAUGCAGAAGUUGCUCGCCGAUAAGUAUGGCGUUGAAAAGAAGAAAUUGUGCGACGAAUUGGAAGGUAUCGACACUAAGAAACUUGACUGUUUGGAUUAUAAGUUGGAAAAGUUGGAUAAUGAUAGAAAGCUCCUUGUCUAUGUUCUAUCAGAAACAUACUUGGAUCUUGCAAGACAUCGCCGAUUCUACGCACUCUCAGACUAUGUCACUACGGUCACACGCAAACGCCAGCACUCUCAAGUGCUUAUAGAAGACGAAGCGAAAAAUAAACUGUUACGCCGUGAGACACAGCGCCAGUUGCGGCAACAAAGGAACCAUAUAAAAUCUGUUACAUACGACUGCAAUAUGACUGUAGAGAACCUUAAAAAUAGAGUUCAGGAUGCAGCACUGAAUGUUGAAAUUCGUUGCCGAUACAUAGGCAAUUGGCAAAACGCUCGUUGCGAACAGAAUUCUCAAAGAAUAACACUCAAGGACACGCCUCAUGCUAAAAAUAUUGACUUCUACAAGCAAAAAAUAGAACAAGAACACAGAGUUCACAGCGAGGUUGAACUGCUUAUUAACAUUCUCAUCAAUGAAAUUUUAGAAAAAGUAGAACACUUGAUGGUAAAGUAUGAAAAAGACAUGGAGAAAAUGGAUUUAAAGAUACAAAGGACGAAGAAUAAAUAUGAAACAACAGAAGAACGGAGAUAUGCGCUUGAGGAAAAGCUGAAGCUCCGAGAGGAGGAACUGAACAACUGGAUAGCCUUUAAGGACAAGCGUGAAGCUGAUCGCUUAUACAGAGAGAAGAUGACAGACGCAGCUUUGGCAAUUCAAGCUUGGUGGCGUGGGUUACUGGUGCGAUUAGAACUGGGGCCAUAUAAACCCACAAAGCGACCAGCACGGGGCGAUAAGAAAAAAAAGUAA